AUGGUAAAAAGAAAGGUUGCGGCGCUCGAGAAGAUCGAUGCAGACUUCGCGAGUCUUCAGUACAAAAUCCGUCGGGAUCCAAAAUCCUACAAGGACGACUUCCUGAAGCAGUGGGAGCAGUAUGAAGCCCAGCGCGAAAUCUUCUUCACAUCGCCGACGACGGCCGCGGCCGACACGGUGGAGUCCUUCCACAACAUGAUCGACCUCAUCGCGCACGUCGCCGACUGCUACCCGGACGAGACGCGGACGUUCCCGGACGACCUCAAGGCCAUCGUGUCGCAGAACCACGAGACGCUGCACCCGGAGCUGCGGGACAAGGUCGUGGGCAGCCUGGUGCUGCUGCGGCGCAAGGAGGUCAUCGACUCGACCAGCCUGCUGACGACGCUGUUCCCCAUCCUCGUGUCCUCGCGCAGCAAGUCCAUGCGCGAGAUGCUCUUCCAGAAGAUCCUCAGCGACAUGCGCAACUCCAACUCAAAGUCCACCAACCACCCGCUCAACAGGACGAUCCAGGCCGUGCUGUACAACCUCGUCACGGCGGACCGCGCUUCGCCGAGGGCCAUCUGGGCCAUCAAGCUGACGCGCGAGCUGUGGAAGCGACAGGUGUGGACGGAUGCGAAGCCGGUCGACGUCAUGAAGGAGGCUUGUCUGGCCGACAACGAAAAGGUCAUUGUCGGAGCCACGCGGUUCUUCCUGGGCGGCGACAAGGAGCGCGAGGAGCUCGAGGACGAGAGCAGCGACGAGGAGAUUGACCUGGCCAAGGUGAAGCACCAGAUCACCAUCAACAAGAAGUCGAGGAAACAGAAGGAGGCAUACAGAAAGGCAGUCGACAAGGUCAAGAAGCAGGAGAAGAAAAAGUCAAAACCUCACCCGCUCAACUUUUCGGCCCUACACUUGCUACACGAUCCUCAAGAGUUUGCCGAACAGCUGUUUACGAAGCACCUGCAGGGGACGAAGAACAAGCUUUCGCUAGAUACAAAGCUGCUGGUCUUGCAGCUCGUCACCCGAUUAGUCGGCCUACACAAGCUGACGAUUGUGCCGCUGUACUCGUGGUUCAUCAAAUACCUCACACCCAAGCAGCAGUCCGUCACGUCCAUCCUCGCGUCACUGGCGCAGGGCGUGCACAACCUGGUGCCCCCUGAUGCCCUGGAGCCCCUGAUCCAAAAGAUUGCCAACGAGUUCGUCUCCGAGGCGUCGGCCUCCGAAGUUGCCGCCGUGGGCCUCAACGCCAUCCGCGAGAUAUGCGCUCGCCAGUCGCUGGCCAUGACGGAAACGCUGCUGCAGGACCUGGUCCAGUACCGCAAGAGCAAAGACAAGGGCGUCAUGAUGGCCGCAAAGGGCCUCUUGUCCCUCUACCGCGAAGUCGGCGCCGAGAUGCUCAAGAAGAGAGACCGCGGCAAAGACGCCACCAUGGGCCUGAGCUCCGGCCUCAUGAAGCAGCGCAAGUUUGGCGAGGAGGAAAUCGGCGGCAUCGAGGGCCUCGACCUCCUCGCCAAGUGGAAGGAAGAGCAGAGGGAGAGGAAGCGCGCCGAGAAGGGCAGCGAUGCCUCUGACAACGAGAAGGAUGCAGAUGAGGACGGAUACAAGUCCGACGAGUGGGAGGUUGAUUCAGACGACAGCAGCGACUCAGGGGAAUGGAUCAACGUCGAGCAUUCCUCGGAUGAGGACGAACCUGCGCCCAAGAAGCGCAAGGGAGAAAACGACGACGAGGACGACGACGAGAAAGACAACGCAGAAGACGAAGCCGCCGAGCUCGCACGCAUGACCAAGCUCGCCACCACCACCAUCCUCACGCCCGCCGACCUCGCCAAGCUGCAAGAACUCCGCGCCGCCGCCUCGGUCCAAAAGGCAAUGGGCGCGCGCGCCCGCAAGCGCCAGGCCGACGCCGACAAGCACAACAACGGCGCGACGCACCAGGACGACGGCCUGACGGCGGAGAACAUCGAGGCGCCGAUCCGCCUGCGCAAGCUCACAAAGGAGGAAAAGGUGGCGCUGGCCAAGGAGGGCAAGCCGGACCGCGACGAGCACAAGAGCACGCAGGCGAUCCGCAAGUCCAAGAAGGACGCCGCGGGCAAGAGCACGAGCAACCGGGAGAAGCAGCGCAAGAAGAACUUCUUGAUGACGCUGGGCAAGGCCAAGAGCAAGCAGAAGAGGAGCCUGGUCGAGACGAGGAAGGUGUUGAGGGGGCAUGUGGAGAGGAGUACGAGGGGUGGGCGGAGGAGGAACGGUACAUAG